GUGAGCGCUAGCAUUUUCACGGCCGGCAAAAAUAUCUACUUUCCAAUGGCCAACCACGAUGAACUCUUGAGUAUCUUGCAAGCACACGGUCAACAAUUUCUCUCUUCCUUCCAAGGCAGCGUCAAACAAGAAAUCCAUAGCGGAAGGAAUGCCACUUUUGUGCAACCUCGAGAUGACAUUGAAGAAGAAGAGGCAGAGGAAGAGGAAUGGGAAGGUAUAAGAUCUGAGUCUGACGCGGAGGAAGGCUUCGAAGAAAACGACGAUGAAUUCACUGCGACGUCUACGUCUACGUCUACGGCCAAUGUAAUUGUUUUCUCAGAUAAACCGUCGAUAUCCCAACAGGAACGAGACGCUACUACAAAAUAUCAGACAAAGGCUUUCAUGUCGUCUAAAAUAUCCAAGCUUCGUGAGGGAGCCGCUCCUGAACUCAAGAAGUACUCUUUGGAAACUACUGAUGAGGAUAUAAAGGAACGGUCAAAUAUCCAGAACGAUGCGUUGCUCCAUAAACUAGUUCACACCAAACUUUUAUCAGGUUCUUUGAAUUCCGAGCUGGAGCUCACACCAGCGCAAAGACGAAAAGCGUUAUCGGGUCGAGUCAUAGAAUUGACCGGAGAUGCUAAACUCGGGCGUGGAGAGCGAUCAGUGCGUCUUGCAGAGCAUAAUAAAGCAUCUAAACGCGUAAGAGAGGGGUUGAUGCAAAAGCAAAAAGAACGAAGGGCCGCUCAACUUCAAGAGACGAAGAAUUUGGGAAACUAUCACCCGACACUCAAAAGGUUGUUGGACCCAGAUUCCGAGACGGCAAAACCCAAGAAGAGAGUGCGAGGACUACAGAUGGGUAUCGGGAGCUUCAAAGGCGGUACACUAAAGCUCAGCCGUGAAGAAAUUAAUUCGGUCCAAGGACAACAGGGAGGAAUGGCGAGUCGCGGCAGAGGGAGUGGCAGAGGAAAAAGAGGGCGUCGUUGAUUUCUUUCAUAGAAUACAUACAU